AUGGCAAACAGUCCUUUGGGUGGCGGCAUCUCGUCUCUUCCGUUAGAGCUGUAUGAUAAGAUCGUAGCGUGCACUGUGGAAUCUAUCAACCAUAGGAAUGACCUAUGGGGUCGUAAAUCGAUAUAUGAAGACGUUCCCGCAACCCUGAAACGCCUUCGACUGGUGAACAGAUCAUUCUACUACGCCUCGACUCGCCUGCUCUUUCGUCGGAUCGACGCCUCAUUAAGGGGCUCGUCCGACUCACUUGCCAAUGUGGACAAGAUUGCCCGCAGCGACUUCGCAUCGGUCGUCUCUAAGCUUAUAAUAGGCUGGGGAGGACCUUGCUCGUUGGAUGAGGCAGUAGAAUUCUAUCAGACUCUCCCAGAAAUUUUCUCAUUAUCCCUAACUCGAUUUGAAAAUCUACGAUGGCUUGCGAUUGGCAACAAAGCUUCCUUCGUAGUGGAGCAACCAGCUCUAACCGAACGCCUGCUCAAGGCACUGGCAGAUCAUCCACCCUCACGACUGGAGGGCCUCCAAUUCGAUAUUGGUAACGUUCCAUGCACAAACAGGCGAUUAGCAUUGCUCGCGCCCGUCAUGUCAAACCUGCGCUAUCUCUACCUUCUUUAUUCUGACAACUACAUAUACGCGGGAGAUUCAGGUCUCUUCUCCGCUCUACAACAUGGGCGUAACCUGCAGCAUCUCUGCAUUCGAGGUCUUUUUCAUGAUGCGAACGCUUCAUUGGAUUGUAUCCCUGCUGAGGCCCCUCUCCGCUGUGUCCAGAUUGCGUAUAUGAAUAUUUCUUUCGAGGGGAUUCGCGCGAUCCUCAAAUUUGCAAGGACUCUAGUCUAUCUAGACAUAGCGCGCGUCAACCUCACAGGUGGUACCUGGGCAGAAUUGGUAGAGGAACUGUCGAAUUUGCCACUUCUUAGCAGGGCUUUUUUCUACCGUUGCUCUUAUGCGCAAGAGAGAAAUAAAGACCAGGAUGCAAAGGAUUCAUGGUCGAUGAGAGCCCUUGAGCAGAAAUUCAAAUCCCGUCCCAGCGACAUAAUUUCGUGCUCUCACCGUGACGUCGUUAAAGACUUUCUUCCCGAGCAUUGA